AUGCGCGCGUUGGCGGCGGCGCGCCUCAUCGCCUGCGGCAUCAUCAUGUCGAGCACCGCAGAAAGGUCAUUCAAGAUUGACUACGACAAGCACACUUUCCUGUUGGACGGCAAGCCCUUCCAGUUUGUCGGCGGCGCGCUUCACUACUUUCGCAUUCCCCGACCGUACUGGGAUGACCGGCUCCACACGCUGCGCAUGGGUGGACCGAACGUGGUGGACUUCUACAUCGACUGGAGCGGCCACGAACCGGAACCCGGACAGUACCACUUUGUCGGCGAAUACGACCUGGUCGCCUUCCUGGAGGCCAUCAUGAAGGCCGACCUCCUGGCCAUCGUCAGGCCGGGGCCAUUCAUAUGCGGUGAGGUGGACAACGCGGGCUUCCCUUAUUGGCUCCUGCGGAAGCACCCGAACAUGCAGUACCGCACAAUGGAGAAGGAGUACCUGGAAGAAAUGACCAAAUGGUUCGAGGUUUUGCUGCCGAUGCUGGUUCCGUACCUGUACAAAAACGGCGGGCCCAUCAUAAUGGUUCAGGUAGAAAACGAGUACGGCCACCUCGAAAAUCUCGAAAGUGCCUGCAACCCCAAGUACAUGGAGUUCGUGCUGUCUCUCCAAGAGAAGCAUUUAGGCAAGGACGUGGUCAUGUUUCGCGCCGACGCACCAUCAGAAGUACGGUACGAAUGCGACAAGGUGCGCGACAUCUUGGUGGCCGGAAACUGCGACCCCAAGGCCAACGUGACCGCAGCCUUUGACAUCAUACGCGAAGCACAGGUCAAGCCGGGAGGUCCCGUCAUGGUGAGCGAGUACUACACUGGUUGGAUGAACUACUGGGGCUGGAACGACAAUCCGGCCUACGCACCCGCGAUCAUCAGCACCUUCGAGCAGAUGAUGAAAGAAGGGGGCAACGUCAUUUUCUACAUGUAUCACGGUGGCACCAACUUCGGCUUCAAGGCUGCCACCAGCGCCGAGUCGCCAUUGGUAACCAGCUACGACUAUGAUGCCCCCAUGGGAGAAGACGGGGACCCGAAGGCCUACUACUUCCCCCUGCGCGACGCGAUCGGCAAGUACGUUCCGCUCAAGUCUGGCGAGCUUCGCAAGCCCUGGCCCAAGAUGAAGGUAGCCGCCAUUCGUAUGCCGCAUAGCAGGCCCCUGAAAGAUGUUAUGAAGCAUUUUCGAGAUAAAGGCAGGCUCAAGCAGAAAAGGUCCACGUAUCCCUUGACCUUCGAAGAACUCGGCCAGGACUUCGGGUUCCUGUUUUACCACACGGAGCUCAAAGUCAACCUUGACGGCGAGUACUUAAUGGUGCUCCAUGGUCUCCGCGACAUGGCGCAGCUGCUCGUGCGCGACGAACGCCACAUUAUGAGCAUAUUCGACAUCUCGGAGGUGCCAGCGAAAGCCAACUGCACCGUUAGGCUCAAGAAAGGUGAAAAGCUGUCCAUUCUUGUGGAGAACAUGGGUCGGGAAGACUUCGGUCCAAGCAAUCGGGAUCCCAAGGGAUUGACGAACGUGACUGUGGGGAACUUUACCCUGACGGACUGGACGGUAGAGGCUCUACCUCUGACACAGAACAAGGACAUCACUGAACUAAUCCACUUCAUGAUGUGGCCAAUCAACAGCAAACAAGGAAAGAGCCCACACUUCUACUACGGCUGGUUCACGCUGCCCGAGGGACAGGAGCCGCGGGACACGUUUCUCGACCCCUCAAACUACACAAAAGGUGUGGCGUUCCUCAAUGGCAUCAACCUGGGUCGCUACUGGCCGGCCGUCGGGCCGCAGGUUAGGCUGUACGUUCCGGGAGUCUACAUCAGGCCGUAUCCCGAGGAAAACAAGCUCAUCUUGUUCGAAUUGGAAGGACUUCGCACUGAGCACCCUGACCGAGGUGUUAGCUUCAGCGAUUUGCCUUGGCUCAACGCCGACACGGGAAAACCUCACCCCUAG